GUAGAGUGUGCUUGCUGCUUCUGCUGCUGCAACCAACCUAUGACGUGUUGAGGAAUGGUCAGCUGCGCAGUCGACAAUUUGAGGGUAACCUACCAUAAGUGAUUAACUUGCAUACAACUUUUUUUUUUGCCAAGGUGCAACUAACGAACAAUCCAGUCGACAUACGAGCAGCCUGUCCAUUGCCAGUCUUGCCCAGAACUGAAGGCAAGCAUCGUUCAUGGAGUCUAGAUCCCUCCACUCGAAGCCCUCGGAGGAGACGCUCGUAUCGCUUCUGCAACUAGAUCCGUCGCCCAUCGAGACACCCGAUACCGACACCGAGAAAGACCUUCCUCCUUUACCUGAUGAUACACUCGAGAACAAAAUUGACUCACCCAUAUCCACCUCUUCCCGCCCUGGGUUAAGUGGGAGCGGUCAUAGUGCCGUCUUUUAUCUUACACGCAUCCAAAAGUUUUCUUCGUACCUGAUACCUGUAUUUGUGUCACUUCAUGUUGCCAACACUUCGAUAAUACCCCUAAUUGCUCGCUCCGUUCCGGCUUCUGAAACGUAUCUGUUGUUGUCCCGGGAGAUAUACCAAACAACGCUCACAGAACCGCUUCUCGUGGCUCUACCGAUCGUCACACACGUCGCCUCCGGCAUCACGCUCCGCCUCGUUCGCCGGUCGCAAAACCUCAAACGAUAUGGCGGCAAUACACCAGGCAUGUACGCGUUGUAUCGUGCUCAGACUGGCAAAACCUCUCGGUCCUUGACGUCCAACAGCACGAACUCGGCCGGCCGUAUUUGGCCAUUCGUCAGUUACAUCUCCAUUUCUGGCUAUGUCUUCGCAGCACUCCUCGCUAUCCACGUGGGCGUAAACCGCAUACUUCCCCUCCAGAUUGAGGGAGACAGCUCAAAUAUUGGCCUGGCGUUCGUCUCUCACGGGUUUGCUCGGCAACCGUUUGUGUCAUGGCUCGCAUACACUGGUCUGCUGACGGUUGGAUGCGGACAUAUGGUCUGGGGCGCAGCUAGGUGGAUGGGUAUGGCACCAACAGCCAUGGGGUGGAGUGGCAGCGGUGCCAGUGUGGUCGACAAGAAGGUUCGGAAGCGUAGGAGGAGAUCGUGGUGGGCGCUGCACGGCGUGGCCGCGGCAGCGGCUGGCAUUUGGGCAGCUGGUGGCCUCGGCAUUGUGGCAAGAGGAGGUUUGACGGAGGGUUGGGUUGGAAAACUCUAUGAUGAUCUCUUCAGUAGGAUCCCCCUUUGCUGAGAAGGCCUGAUAAGAUCAGAUAUCGAACACAUCGCAUGAUACCCAACCAACGAACAUGGGCACACUCGCCGCGCUCAUGCACUAGCCCAACAACGCCAACGAACCAAUGCUUGACAUGGACUAAUGUGGACUACUUCACGAAGCCGAUGGGCGUUCGGUUCAUGACUUGCCAUUAGAAGCAAGUGAUCGUCACGAACGGCUGCUUCAACAUUAUUGGGGUCGAGGAGGAAAGUAAAACAAUAUUGCUAAGGAAGGCAAUGAGCUUCCAAUCGCUGUAAAUUAGACUAAUUCCACAACAUUUGCAGCUACCAUGUCGAAAACAACAUGGCCUAUUUCGUCCGCGAUCACGUCCGCUCUGAUGAAACCAGUCCAUGCUGAAAGUUGGCCAAAUCCAUUCGCAUGCCCGCAAGUUGCUUGAAAGUAAAGACGAGGUACAGCCGAAAUGACAAGAUGGCCGAACCCCCUUCAACACUCAGGACUCAAGUCGCUGGCUGGUUGCUGUGCGUUUUUGCGGGGGCCAUUCUGACAACA